GGGAACAAGCCUUGGCAAGCCUGGGUCGGGGCGUUGGUCUCGAGGGCCGACAAAGCCCACGGCGGAGCGGCUUUGCUCCCCCGCCUUCGGGAGGCGCAGGAGAAGAAGAGGGGAGACCCUGGGAGAGCGACAGGCAGCAGCGCGCCGAGUUCCCGCGAGGAUCCAUGACCUGACGGGGCGCGGGAGUCGCGCGCUCCUCGUCGGGUGACCAGGGUCGGUCGGGGCCGAGUCCCGGCGCUCGCAGCAGGGCCGGCGGGAGGGCCGCCGUUGGCCGGCCGCGGGCCGAGGCGGCGGAGGUGCUGUCGGCGGCGCUCGAGCGGCGCCCGCGGGGGGGAAGGGCAGUUCCGGGCCGGCCGGCCGCGCCUCGCCUCGCCUCGACUCAGCAGGGCGGCGGCUCUCCCGGCGCAGACGCAGGGCCCGGGCGGCGGGCGAUGCCCGAGUGAGCGCAGGCCGGGCCCCCUGCCCCUUAGCAGGCAGCUUCGCGCAGGCCGCUGGGCGUCCUCGCGGCGGGGCGGCUUCGUUUCGGUCCCGGCGGCGGCGGCGGCGGCGGCGGUGUAGGCAGAGGGGACCCGGGACACCUGGAUGCCCCCGGCCCCGGCUCCUCCGACGCGAUGGGGAAGGUGCUAUCCAAGAUCUUCGGGAACAAGGAGAUGCGGAUCCUCAUGCUGGGCCUGGACGCAGCCGGCAAGACCACGAUCCUGUACAAGUUGAAGCUGGGCCAGUCGGUGACCACCAUUCCCACGGUGGGUUUCAACGUGGAGACGGUGACUUACAAAAACGUCAAGUUCAACGUGUGGGAUGUGGGCGGCCAGGACAAGAUCCGGCCGCUCUGGCGGCAUUACUACACCGGGACCCAGGGUCUGAUCUUCGUGGUGGACUGCGCCGACCGCGACCGCAUCGACGAGGCCCGCCAGGAGCUGCACCGCAUUAUCAAUGACCGGGAGAUGAGGGACGCCAUAAUCCUCAUCUUCGCCAACAAGCAGGACCUGCCCGAUGCCAUGAAACCCCAUGAGAUCCAGGAGAAACUGGGCCUGACCCGGAUUCGGGACAGGAACUGGUAUGUGCAACCCUCCUGUGCCACCUCUGGGGACGGACUCUAUGAGGGGCUCACAUGGUUAACCUCUAACUACAAAUCCUAAUGGGCAUCCUCCACCCAUCCCCCGGAAAGAGAGAAAUCAAAGACCCAUUCAUAGGAUUAUCGCCACCAUCAUCAACCUCUUUCAAUUGCCACUUUCUUUUUUGAAUCUGAACUCUGGAGUUACAGUUCUACCGUUUAGUGGGGUUGGGGUUUUCUUUGUUUCCUUUUGUUUUUUUUUUUUUUGCUUUGCGUUAGGAUGCUCUGAUCUGAUAUUUGACACGAAUACAGUGCUCAAUGCUCUUGUGACUUCCAGCAAACGGGGUGGGGUAAUAGCAGCUCUUGGUAAAAUCCUUUAUAAUAAUGGUUUGAUUUUUCUAUUUCGAGAGAAUCUUUUUUUCCCCAAUGUAUGCCUUUUUCCUUUUUGCCCAGUUUCUUAUCACUUGCUGUAGAUGGCUUAUUUUGCAUUCAUGCAGACUAUGUUGCAAGUCUGUUUCAUCUAGUAAACUGAAAAUUAUUGCUUAAUCAAA